UGCACAGCCCUAGUGGCUUUGCCCCUCCCGGCGCAGAGGGGCCCAGAGGAGCCGGGGAAGCGGAUUCGGGACGGGAUUUCUAAGGAAAGGGAGAAGACGGGAGCCGCACCCUCUCUACUGGGUGUCGGUUAACGAUGAAGGGCCGGCGGCGGCGGCGCCGGGAGUACUGCAAGUUCGCGCUGCUCUUGUUGCUGUACACACUGGUGCUGUUGCUGGUCCCCUCCGUACUGGACGGCAGCCGCGACAGGGACAAGGGCGCCGGGCACUGCCCGGGCCUGCAGCGCAGCCUGGGACUGUGGAGUCUGGAGGCGGCGGCGGCGGGAGAACGGGAGCAGGGCGCGGAGGCGCGGCCCGCCGCUGAGGGGCGCGCAGGCCAGUCCCCGGGACUCCCGAGCAACCUCAGCAGCGCUGUCGGGGAGACUGUGUCUGGUGAAAAGCAGCAUAUAUAUGUGCACGCCACCUGGCGCACCGGUUCGUCGUUCCUCGGCGAGCUCUUUAACCAGCACCCGGACGUUUUCUACUUGUAUGAACCCAUGUGGCAUCUCUGGCAGGCGCUGUAUCCAGGAGAUGCUGAGAGCCUGCAAGGCGCGCUGCGUGACAUGCUGCGCUCGCUUUUCCGUUGUGACUUCUCCGUGCUGCGUCUGUACACGCCGCCAGGAGACCCCGCCGCGCGCGCCCCGGACUCUGCCAAUCUCACCACGGCCACUCUCUUUCGCUGGCGGACCAACAAGGUCAUCUGCUCGCCGCCCUUGUGCCCCGGCGCGGCCCGUGCCCGGGCAGAGGUUGGCCUUGUCGAGGACGCCGCCUGCGAGCGCAGCUGCCCACCAGUGGCUCUGCGCGCCCUUGAGGCCGAGUGCCGCAAGUAUCCGGUUGUGGUCAUUAAGGAUGUGCGCCUUCUCGAUCUGGGCGUACUGGUGCCUCUGCUACGUGACCCGGGCCUCAACCUAAAGGUGGUGCAGCUUUUUCGAGACCCGCGGGCCGUUCACAAUUCGCGCCUUAAAUCCAGGCAGGGGCUGCUGCGCGAAAGCAUCCAAGUGCUGCGCACCCGCCAGAGAGGAGACCGGUUCCACCGUGUGCUGCUGGCGCACGGCGUGGGCGCUCGCCCUGGGGUCCAGUCCCGUGCGCUGCCCGCUGCGCCGCGCACCGACUUCUUCCUGACCGGUGCGCUGGAGGUGAUCUGUGAAGCCUGGCUGCGCGACCUGCUCUUCGCGCAUGGGGCGCCCGCCUGGCUGCGGCGCCGCUACCUGAGGCUUCGCUAUGAGGACCUGGUGCGGCAGCCGCGCGCCCAGCUGCGCCGCCUGCUGCGCUUCGCCGGGCUGCGCGCGCUGGCGGCGCUCGACACCUUCGCGCUCAACAUGACGCGUGGCACAGCCUAUGGCGCGGACCGGCCCUUCCACCUGUCGGCGCGCGACGCCCGCGAAGCCGUGCACGCCUGGCGCGAGCGCCUGAGCCAAGAGCAGGUGCGUCAGGUGGAGGCUGCCUGCGCUCCGGCCAUGCGUCUGCUUGCCUAUCCCCGCAGCGGAGAAGAGGGAGACGCAGAGCUGACCCUGGACGAGGAGACACCGCUGGAAAUGGAGGCUGUCGGCGCCACGUAGCUUCCCACCCGCGUCCCAGGAGCAGAUCUGGGUCAGUCAUCAUGAACCGGGCACUCAGCAUGUUGCCCCAGCACUGGAGAAGCCACACUGUGGAGGCAAUCUAUCACACUGACAGAGACUGGGACUUGAUUUGGUACCAACUGCUGUGCAAUUCUGCAGAGCAGGAAUAUCAUGAGCUUAUUAAAUAAUGACCAACGCAUUGGAUGAAGCAAAGUUUCCAGUGAGGAAGUGACAGUGCAAUGUGGUAAUUAUGGCAAUAAAGUAGGAAGAGCUUUAGUUUCCAGCCUGAACCUGCCUCAGCUGGAGUCAUUUCAACAAGGCGUCCUCAAAACAAAGAAGAGACAUGACUUGGUACCAUUUCUCAUCAGCAGAUGUCUGGACAAAACAUUAGUGUAAAUAAGGACCAAGUGCAGUCCUGUGUAUCUUGAUUAAAUUACUUAAUAUUAAGUGAAAGGUCUGGGUGAUAUUGUUUUAAACCUGACUCAUCCAGCUCUUCUGAUUUUUUAAAAAGUACUUU